AUGUCGCUCCACAACCGGCGCAAGUACAAACGUGGGGACUUGGUGUUUGCAAAGCUUAAGGGCUUCAUGCAUUGGCCCGCCCGCAUAGAACAGACCUACGAGUCCAACAAAUAUCAAGUCUUUUUUUUCGGGACCCACGAGACGGCCUUCCUAGGCCCCAAAAACCUUUUCCCUUACGAAGAGUCCAAGGAGAAGUUUGGCAAACCCAACAAGAGGAGAGGGUUCAGCGAGGGGCUGUGGGAGAUCGAGAACAACCCUACGGUCAAGGCUUCUGAUUGCCACCUCUCCCAAGAGAAGAGCUGCAGGACCGAGCCCCACCAGCAGAAGACGACCACCGAGGGCGACGGGGAUAAGAAGAGGACCAACGAGGGCGGCGGUCACAAGGAGGGGAAGCCAGCCCUUGACGAACCAACCAAGGAGGAGAAGGCGGCGCUAAAGAGGGGCGCGGGAGACCUGCUGGAGUACUCCCCCAAACGUCCCAAGGAGGCCGAGCUCAAACGGGAGGAAAAGGAAGAGGUUAGGAUUGACGGUGAGAGGCCCCUUCUGGUGGAGGCGGAAAACAGCAGCACCCCGUCGGAGCCCAAUUCCGUCUGUAACCCCCCUCAGGAGAAGCGGGAGCCUGAGGAGGUGGAAGAAGCUCCCAAGAAGGAAGCUGAGGCCCCGGAGGCCAGAGAUCAGGAGAGCCUGUAGUUACCAACUUUUCAGAAGAGCCCCGACCGUUCCUGUUGCUGCCUGACUGUUACUGAAGAACCUGGCCUUGUCCAGCAAUC